ACUUAACAUAUAUAAUGUAUAUUAUCCAGUAAAAGAAAAAAAAGUUUUUCCUAUGGCCACACUGCAACAUACUUUGGUGAAGGCAUUAUGCCAAUACCAAUCACUAAUGACAAGACCUGUAUUCACAGCUGCAUGUAACAUCAUGAUGGGCAAGAGAUUUCCACCCAAAGAAAGCGAAAAAAAGAAAGCACAACCAAAAGUACCGCAAGUAACUGCUGAACUGAAGUCUUCUCCCUCAGUUCAGUUUCCAGAUCUACCAAUCAUCUUAGUGAAAGCUACCUACAACAACACUCUCGUAUAUUUAACUGACCACAAAGGAAUAAUGGCCACAUGGACAUCCGCAGGCAUCGAAGGAUUUAAAAACGCUAAAAGAGGAACUAACUAUGCUGGCAAAAUUGCAGGGGAAGCUUUAGCAAAGAGAGCUGAAGAUCUUGGUGUGAGUAGAGUUCGUGUAAAGGUUAAAGGAAUGGGACCAGGACGUUUGGAAGCAGUCAAAGGCUUGGUAGCAGGAGGUCUGGAUAUUGUUUCUGUCACUGACGUCACGCCUAUUCCACAUAAUGGUCCAAAACCAAAAAAGCAAAGACGAUUAUAACAUUUCAAUAAAGAUCAUUUUUUUGUAGCAUGUAUAUUUAUGUAGAUAAAUUAAAUUUUUCUUGCUAAAAAGUUUUAUGUAGGACGUGUAGAGUCGUGACCUGUGAA